AGACUGGUCUGCUUAACAAUAGUCAGCCAUGCAUGAACGGGAACAAAAACUUCAACGCUCGUCAAUCGCAGGCGCAGUUCAGGGUAUUACACGGCCAAACCAGAGUGGCAGAUAGAGUGUACAUAUCUGUCUUAUAUUUCAUGUCACUUGUUAGUAGAUUGACGAUAGAGUGAACCAUGUCCUUUAAGAGGUCACAUACCUUCGCCUUUACCUUAGUGUCCGGUUGCUGCUUGCUGGUGUAUGUUGUUUUCUAUCUCGAGCUGAUGGGCAAUCACAGGGAGCUAAACGACAUAGAAGGCUUGAGCUUACGCAGCAGGUUGACCGUUCCCAGACCUGCUGCUGGCGUUAGUGCAUCGUUGGCGGGGCACGCGGUGAUACCGAGCAGCAACAACUCAUGGUCUGCAAACAGUGCAUGCACCCAGGCCGACAUUGAGAGACGAUCGGCCACAGUCGUGCUAACCACGACCAACGCUGGCUACCUGGACGUGACGGAAAACAUGCUGGAGAGCAUCAAGCGGACACGGGCCUGCCCCAACAUCACGGUCAUUGCCGAAGAUGAGCCGUCUUAUCAACGCCUGACCCAGAGAAUCCAAUCCCAACCGGGACUCCACGUCCAGAGAUCACCCUUAGUUGCCACUGUAUGGAAGAGCACAAAGCUGCACUCGCGAGACUUCAAUCGACUUGUACGUCGUCGCCCGCAGUACAUUCUUAACCUCCUCAAGAAAGGCUACGAUGUCCUCUUCCUCGACUCAGAUAACGUUUGGUUUAAAGACCCAUUCAAGGACUUUCAAGAGAGCUUUGAUAUCGCUAUGCACAACCAGCAAGUAAACAUAGCAGAGUUCUGUGUUGGUUUUGCCUACUACCGACCAACGGAGAAUACUUUACGUCUUGUUACGGAAUGGUUGCGUUUGUUGGACAAGAAAAAACACCCAAAAACCGGUGAACAAACAACCAUGAACAAGUUAAUCUCGAGGAAGCUAAUCCCGAAGCUGAAAAUAAAGACACUUAAUGAGACCAACUACCCGGAUGGGAAGAAGUAUUUUCGACAAGCGGGUUGGAGAGAGGCGCACAGUGACACGACCGUUUUGCAUCUGAGUUUCAUUUUCGGCCACGAUGCGAAAGUGGCGAAAUUGAAAGAAUUCGGUUUUUGGUUCAUAUGAACGCACGGUUAUGUACAUAUUUUGUGUCUAAUUGUCCAUAAGUGAAAAGGUAUUGAAACUUAAUUAACUUUUCCCAUAGAAUUAAUGUACCACAUGGGACUUUUUCACCAUGGGGUUUUCCCAUGGCUUGUUUCAGAAUAUAUACCUUAUUAUAUUUUCCCAGUACCUUUCCAUAACAGCAACCAAUAUCUGCAGUGUGGUUUUAUCCCAUGUCGACCGACCACCGUUGGAAAAACCUAGCUAUUGUUCAACUACUGCUCCAAAUUUACAAUUUUUUCAGUCCACAUUUUGUUUGCUAUUGGUUACAUGUUCAUG